AUGCCGCUUCCGUUCCCGGGCCUCGAGCACAUCAGAGACGAUGAUCUGUUCCUUUGCCUCAAUUUUGUCAUGGUCGGCUACAUUGCGCUCAUCUUCUUCCCCGGCUGGCGGUACACCAAGACCGUGACCUUCUCAUGCGUGGUGAUGUAUUCAGCUCUGUACUUUGCCCUCCUUGGUAAAAUUGCCAAAGACGCAUUGCCACCGCCUCCAAUUGUACGCCUCCCUCCGGGCAGUGGUUUCUCGUCGCUGGACGAGGUGGUGGCGCUGUUCUCGCACCGGGGUGUCAUGUUCGCGGGAUGGACCCACUACAUCGCUUUCGACCUGUUCAUGGCACGCCAUAUCGUGCUGGAGAGCCGGGAGGUAGGCAUCCCGCACUGGAGCAUUGCUCCCCUGGUUGUGGUGACCCUUUUCGCUGGGCCGGCGGGCGUGUGCCUUUACGUCCUGACCAAAGCCGCCUGGGACUUCUUCGUGCCAGGGCGCGAGGCUCGUGCGCUGUGGACCGCGCGGCGGGGCGUGCUGGUUCUGCUGUACGUGGCGACCACGGGCCUGAGCGCCAUGAUGGUGGGUUGGGUUCUGGUCUUCCCUGGGAGCUGGAUGGGUGGGCGUUGGAAACUUCAUGAUGACUGGAUCGAGGAGUCGUUUGACAAGUACGCAGCCGUCUUUCCGACGCCCAAGAGCCUGAUCACCAAAUAUCAGCACCACCCGAGCGUCCAGCUCACGCACAUCCUGCCGGCAGCCUUCUGGGCUUUGCUCGUGCCUAUUCAGAUCCACCCGGAUGUACGCCGCCGCUACCGCAGGGCGCACCGGUGGCUGGGCAGGCUGUUCGUGGCGCUUUCCUUGGCCGUCUUCGCAGGGCUGCUCAUCAUCGACGCGCGGGGCCUUGUCUUCAUUCUGAGCGACUUCCCGACCAUCGAGCCGCACGCGCACAUGUCAAAGAUCGGCUUGCAGUGGCUCGAUCACAUGGCCCUUUUUCGUGGCAUCGGCCUCUACUUCCUUCUUUCCAUCCUGCUGGCCGUGCAGCGCGCACGGGCCAAGGACUUUGCUGGCCACCAGCGUUGGAUAUUCCGUCAUAUCGGUUCAGGUCUCUGGGUAGCUGUGCAGCGCAUCUACGUGGGCGUGAUGAUGACCGAAGCCAAUACCCCAGAGGACCAGAAGGCAAACUUCGCAGAUGGGGCGACCCUGGGUGCAGCCUUGACCAUCGUGACAGCAGAGGUCGCCAUCCAGCUUGUGGCCUGGGGGAAAGCGUCCCCCAGCUCUAAGAAGACAUCUUGA